UCCUCAGCCAGGUCGUACGAGAAGUUGCUGUUAUUGGGCAGGCUGUCCGAGUAUAGAGGCAUCGGCGUACUGUUAAUGGAGUUUUCGUAGGCCAAGAAACAACAGCUAAUAUCCUAGCAACUAAACUAUGCAUGAUUACGGUUACUAUAGAAGCACCGAGUUGUUUUCAAUAAAGGCUUCGGUUCCACCAUGGAGGACGUUUUGCUGCCUAACGAAAUCGAAUUAUUCGUGCAGACGAUGGAGCCUCAAAAUAUCAAAGAUAUCGGAUCAGAACGUUGGGUGGACUGGCACAAUCGUGUCCAGAAGCUAAACCAACAAGCGGCUGUGGAAGCCGCCUGUUUAAAGGAAGAGCAAGUGAAAGAAACACUUGUAGCCUUCGGAAAGGUGAAAUGUUUGGUUCAUGAAGUCAUUCUGAUCAACAUCUGGAAAAACAAAGUGUUGCCGAACAUGUUGAAGCUGAAACCUGAUCCUGAAAGCACCUUCUUGGCGUACUCGAUUCUUUAUCACGAAGGGGUGUGCGUUUCGCUGCUGGAAUUGGUGGUGUAUCAUAUGAACUGUUGCGAAACGUUAGAUGAAGCUUCUGUUGACCUUCUGGAUUAUGUGUGUGGUUCAAUUUCCCAAUUGCUCAACUUCAAACACGAAGAGCAGGGGAAGCAGGAGUCUGCCAAAGAUGAACUGUUCAGGCAAAGAUCCAACUUGUCUUUUGAGAUUGGCAUCCGCAGUUUAUCCAUCCUGAGAUAUUUGGCGGAGCAUUUCGACAGAUUACCAAUAACUGUGUGCAGUCAUAUAUACACCAUUCACGACGUUCCUAUAUUGUUAACUGAAAUCCUGAGGAUUCGCCCUUGGGUGAAGGGCUGCAAGCAAUUUGCUGGAGGCAAGUGGAAGAAUUGGGACCAAGAACAGCUAGUUCAAGCAGAAGCUCAAGUAUGGCUCACCUUGAGGUUUAUUUUACUCGAUUCAGAGUGCUCGCAUUACUACUCCAUCACGCAAAGUCGACGCACUCAAUUGUGUAUGCUGCUUCACUUGAUGGUGCCCAGUCUUCUGGACCAGUUAGCACCGCUGGUAGACUUGAAGUACUGGCUGUGCAAGUUGACUAGUUUGCAAGAGUACGCAGCCCCACCUAAACCUCUUUUAGUAGAAACCAUUAUGGAAAUCAAGGAAAAUAUUUUAGCAGAGUGCAAAAGUAGCUGGAAAAAGAUCGCCAAACAGCAAGUUGGGAUUGUAUUCUCCCAAAACAGGGAGUUGUUACAAGAAGUCGCCAAAAAAUUAACUGAUGCGUACAAUACGGAUCUUUUGGAGCAGUUUGAUGUCAAGGAUGCCGCAAGUUGCAAGCAAUGUGGUAACAGCGCAAUUCAACGCUGUUCUAGAUGCAAAACAGCGUGGUAUUGCUCGAGAGCUUGCCAAGUCGCAGACUGGCCCAAACACAAAGAAAAUUGUCCAUAGAAACUUUCUAGUCACCAUUUACAAAUAAGCAGAGUUCAGUUGGUAGGAAUUUUUGCCUUUACACAACAGAUAACCUUGAACAUUUAAUGAGUGUAGUGCAUCGGAAAAUUUGUCUUUUAAAAUACACUCCCGUUGAGCUUC